CGUUUCGUGUCAGAUGACGGUAGCGUAAAGUCCGUUCAAGACGGUGGGGCCUUUACUUGGACGCCGGGGAAGGGGAGAGCGAGGUAGACCCAAACCGAAACCUCCUCCGAACUCGAGGGCAGAAGCGCUCGAGGCCUUUCCCUCUUCUCUCUCCAUCUUGAUAUCGAUCGCUUCUUCGUCCCACCAAGAGAUCUCUCCAUCUCGAUCUCUGUUGAGGUCGAUCGUUGCUGGGUGGAGGAGCCAUGGCGGAGCAGCUCACCGACGAGCAGAUCUCCGAGUUCAAGGAGGCCUUCAGCUUGUUCGACAAAGAUGGCGAUGGUUGCAUUACAACUAAGGAGCUGGGAACUGUGAUGCGUUCUCUGGGCCAGAAUCCUACCGAAGCUGAGCUACAGGACAUGAUCAAUGAGGUUGACGCAGACGGCAAUGGUACAAUUGACUUCCCGGAAUUCCUCAACUUAAUGGCUCGCAAGAUGAAGGAUACUGACUCAGAGGAGGAGCUGAAAGAGGCCUUCCGAGUAUUUGACAAGGAUCAGAAUGGUUUCAUCUCCGCUGCAGAACUCCGUCAUGUCAUGACUAACCUUGGUGAGAAGCUGACUGAUGAGGAGGUUGAUGAGAUGAUUCGGGAGGCUGACGUUGAUGGUGAUGGUCAGAUCAACUAUGACGAAUUUGUUAAAGUCAUGAUGGCAAAGUGAAUCCCACAAGAUAAGAUAAAUGUUGGGAAAAAAUCAUUGCACACUAGUAGGAAAACCUUCUCUUAUAUAUUCUCGUAUCUCUUGUGGUGGUUGUGCCUUGUUAGACUGUCUUAUCUUGUUUCUGUUGAUUUGUCUCUUUAUUCCAGAAUUCUCAGGUCUCACUUGCAUCUAUAUGAAGACCAAUAUGUACUGAUUGUCUCCAUCUCAUCAUAUUCUAAACGAUUCACCCUAAAAAGCAUUGAAGAUGUUCUGCUUUAA